GGCCUAAUAAGGGCAAUUUCGUCAUUUGACAAUGGACGUUGUUGCCGGAUCCCGAAACGGCGUCGUUUCUAACAAGGCCUUCACUUCUAUGCUGAAAUUAUUUUGUUGGUAGGAACAAUUUCAAUUGUGCACACUCUGCACACGAGCUCAUGUUGAUUUUCAGGAGGAGAAAUAUUUCUACCGAAUCGAUGCAUGGAUUUCUGGUUACAGUAAUUGCAGCUGUUAUUUUUAGUGCAUUUGGAGCUGAUUCUGUUGCUGUGCCGAGCACUAAUUGUUACGCGCUCGAUAACAGCAGUCAUAUUCAUGAUUUUAGUAAUUUGGUUGGACAACUUUUCGAGUAUGAUGAUGAUAAGGAUCCUGAUCUGGUGAUACGCUUCUGUAAAGAUGUCGAGACUAGAUCUUCGACGGGAUAUGUGGAUUUUGGAAGAUUUGAUAAGUUCGAUCAUUUUAAUGCCGGUUCAGGGGAUGCUAACUUUGUUCAGGAAUAUUAUAAUGGUGACCUGAAGAAGUGUGAGACAAGUUUCGAUAAAUUGGGACGCACUGCUCAGGUAAAUGUCAUUUGUGGAAAUUGUCCAAAUGGACAAUGUGUAGGUGGACUUGGAUGCAUCUGCAACGUUACAUAUGAAUCUACGUGCAGAGUACUCGUUGAUCUUGCCAUUCCAUGUGUGGAGCCUGGUUUAAGGGUAUUUGAGGGAUUUACAGUUGGUUUUCAUCCACGUUCAUGGGAAAUUGUCUAUAAUGGCAUGACUCAAUUGGGUUACGAAAAGGCUUACGAUGAAUUUAGCUUCAGAACCGAGCAAAGAGAUGUAACCCUGUACCUAACUGCAGUUGCUUCUCUAUCGAGUUUAGUGCAAAAACCCACAAUCAAGAUUUCUCCCGAGCAAGGAUUGGAUGUUCAGUUAUCCGGUUCAGGAGCAAACGGAAAGCCACCAACUACUUUGUCUCCCACAAUAAUACUUGUGGAUUGGAGAUGUGAAAAGACUCGCGACACACCUUAUGAAGUUGAAAUUACCAUUCCAGUAGAGAAUUAUGAUCCGGUUCAAUUUACUUUUGCGAAGAUGUGCGAGCAGACGCAAAAUGAACGGGGCGAGGCUUCCAAAGGAUGGGCUAUAUUUGGAAUCAUAUCAUGCAUAUCAAUUAUAGCCUGUACACUGUUCUGUGUUGGAGGGUUCGUUUAUAGGACACGAGUGGGAAACCUGCGCGGGCUCGAUGCACUUCCAGGAAUGGCAAUAUUAUCGGCAUGUUUGGAAACUGCGAGUGGAGGUGUACGUAGCUAUACAAAUCUUGAUGACGCAAAUAAUCUUUCCGUAGAUCAAGCUUCAAGGGAUAGGCAGUCAACUGCUGCCACUCAAGGAACAUGGAGACCAAGCGAUAGAACUUAUGGAUCGAUUUAAUCCGAAGGUUUUUUUUUUUUUUUUAGGAGGCUCGUAAAUGCACGGAAAUAGUUCAAAGAUGCACAUUUUUUUGUUUUGCCCAUGAUAAUUGAGAUUGUUUUUGCUUGUUGUAUACAGAAAUUCAGCUUAUUGUUCUUUCUUGUUUUCUUUAUGUCUGAAAACUAGGGACAAUGUAUGUUUCAAUAUUAUCAUCAACUUAUAUUAGAACUUUCGAAAAAA